ACCUAUAAAUACGUACAAGCACCUCUCCUUCCUUCGAUCUACACCACACCAUAAACUUUUAAAUCAUACAAUAAUAAUACACGUACUUCACAUCAAGAAAAAUAUAAUCAACUAUGGAAAUUAAGAAGAUUAGAGUUGCUGCUCUUCUACUGGUUUUCGGGGUGAUAUUGAUAAUGGGAAUUGGAAACAUGAAAAAGGUGGAUGCUCAAAGUGAUGGUGAUGAUGAUGAUGAAAAAAUAUGUCCCCAGUUUUGCUAUGAUAAUCUUGAUUACAUGACUUGUCGUUCAACCGGAGAUCAAAAGCGUACUCCUUCAUGCAACUGUUGCUUGGCACCUACUAAUGAUGGUUGCAUCCUUUACUUUGCCAAUGGAGAUGCACCUAUUGUCUGUUAAUAAUUAAUCUUCUUCUUAAUUGGAUGAAAUAAUUAAUCAUAUGGAUCAAGUAUUUUAUUGCUUUUAUCUUGUAAUAAUAAUUAAUAGCCAAGUUGAUUGAACUCUAUGUGCAUUCGACAACCUGGCCUAUAAGUCUAUAACGUAUUGUAAUUAAUGCUUGUAAACUUGUUUAAUUUACCUUUAAUGAAUACCCAAUUUACUCC